AUGAUUACGCGCGCAGCAUUUUGCAUUUUGAUAGUAGCAAGUGUGCAAGGCAGCGACACCAAAACAUCUGGUAUUUCACAAUUUUGGGCAAACGACUACAAAGUUUUCGAUCAGAUUUAUGGAAGGACAUCCGACAAGGACCUCUAUGGGGCGACUCUACCGCCUCCAAUCCGUUUCGAUGCUCCCAAAACCAUACAAAUUGGGGCAUCCAAAAAAAACGAGCGAUACGUCACAUAUGAAAAGAAUAUAUUAGAUCUGGAAUUACCGUACGACUUUUCGGACCGCUAUGCAAAAUUAUUUUCCAAGUCUCUACUUACAGAGAAGUCCAAGCCAUCUUCUGCUUUACAAUUCAUAAGUUUCUCAGAUUUCAAACCAAUCAGUAAAUCAACUGAUCCAGAGACAUAUAACUAUUUGAAAAAUCUAGAAAAGAAGACAAAGCAGAAGGAAACUAAGAACAAAGCUAUCAGCUCUGAUUUUGAAGAAGAUGAAGCAUAUAAAAGUAUUCAGGAUAUUAUAGACGCUCAUGAAGCAAACAAAGCCGAUACUACUGAAGAAGCGAGAACUAAACGACCAAAAGAGAAUGUUAGAAAUAGAAACAGAAAUAAAGUUAGGUUUAUUAACAAUAACAGUAUAAAAUCUAGAUGCGUGUCCAGAAGAUGCAGGGCUCCGGUCCGAACGCGGCCAUAUUUGAAAAUCAAACGCUAUAGAUACUCUAAACGC